GCACCACCGCCGCCGACGCCGGGGUCCGGCGUGCAGAAGCCGGAGGGUUUGGUGCCCUUUGACCUUUCUGCCGUGAACACUUUGUUGGUCGAGGCAGAAGAAAUGGAACGUGCAGGGGGUUUUACCAGAAGAGCUUAAGGUCACAGUGAGGAAUUUGCAUACUGAAUGGUUGCAGUUUAAUGAGCUGAUGCGAGGCCUUCCAAAAGCCAACGAAGAGAAGCCUUGCUUUGCCGAUGCAGGGCCUUCGAUGGACAUCGCGAGGGUUUCUGCGACGCCAGUGUCUGUGAAAAGCCGGCCAGUCGUUGAGCAGCACCACCAUCUUGCAACAUGCCAGGAUGAUGCCUUCCCAGAAUUCCAAGCGCGCGUUGCAGGGCUCUCUGAUUGGUUGGCUGAGCUCGAGAAAAGAUUGACACCACAACCCGUGACCUUUGGCGACGUCGAUGACAUAAACAGAGAGAUUAAAAAGCUAAAGACUGUUAUGCGUGAUCUGAACCUCAAACGGCCGCAGUUUUAUGAGGUCAUGACAUCAGUUGAGAAAAUCCGCGCUGGGCCAUCACGUCUCUGCUCCAACGUGGAACGGCUCGGCGAUGGCCUGUGCCAGGCCGAAACCGACUUGAGUCGCCGUGUGCAGACGCUGCAGGCCAUGUUCCUCGAUUCGAGCCUCUGGGACGAGGUGAAGCACGAGGCCGAGCAGCUGCUGGACGAAGCCGAGGCCCGGCAGCUUCUGCUCGUCGUAGGGCCGGGACAGCCGGACGCUUCGAGCACCUUGCUCGGAGCGUCGACGGAGACUCCGUGUCCGGAGCGGCGGCCGGACGCCGAGUCGUCGACGACGACCGCCGGCAACGAAGGUCGGGGGACGACCGGCGAUGCCGAAGCACCGGCUGCACCCCGCGAGCUCGCCGCGAGCACCACCGCCAUAGGAGAGCCCGGCGGAGGAAGUCCGGGUGACUUUGACCUGCCGGGAGAGGUCAGCGUGGAGAAGGAGGAGAUGCUGGAGGCACCGGGGUCGGGUGGGGCGUGCAAUGGCGUGGAGCAACGGAGCCGACCCAACUCGGAUUCCUCGGCUGAGCUGGAGCCGGUGACUCGGCCGGGAGAGGUGAACCACGCCCCUGGCACUGGUGCCGAGGUGGAGGACGUGGAGUUCGUGGUGGUGCUCGAGAAGCAGCUGCUUGAGCAAAGGGCGUUGAUGCAGGAGCAGGAAGAGAGGCAGUCAGUGCUGGACGCGGCGCGAGCCGAGGCCGAGCGGAUCCAGCUGGACUACUCCAUGGACGACACGGCGAGCGUCCUGCAAGAGCUGGCGGGCCUCGAGUUGCGGAACAAGCACCUCGUGCAACGGAUGAGACGGAGAGAGACCCAGCUGGAGUUGGCCAAACGGGACAUCGAGUGGUUUGACACGGAGUCGAAACGCUUCAUUGACUGGAUGGAAAAGAUGGAGCAAGCUGCCGCGACUCUGGAUCAUGAAUCUUCCCAAUCAACACUCGGCUCUCUUGGCAAGUCCUGGCAGGAUCUGCAGGCGGAGAUUGAGGGGCAGCAAGACGCCUUCGGGGGCUUGACGGAGAGCGGGCAGCGCAUCCUGCAGUCGCUGGAUGGCUCGGAGGGCAGCACUGCCCUGCAGCGAAGGAUCGAGAGCGUGAACCAACGGUGGCGUGACCUGCGUGACAAGUCGAGCAAAGCGGGGCACGACAUGCCACUGCAGCAGACUGGAGGGUCCCCGGAGUGGCUCAAAGAGUUUCUGGCCUGGCUCGAUGAGAAGGAAAGAGACCCGAGGGGACAGGCGGACGGAGAUGUUGGGGGCGACUGGGAGAGCGUCCACAAGCAGCUGGAGGAAAACAAGAAAUUCAGAGAGGAGCUUCAAGUGAAAGAGGUGGAGAUCAUCUCCGCGAUGGACACAGCGGAAAUGAUCUCGUCGGAGGAACAAGUGAACGAUGCGGGCGACGUAACAAGCAGCAGCAGCAGGCCGGCGGUCUGGAGCGAGCGCCUGGAAAAGGUCACGGCCGCAGCGGAGCAGCGAGCGAGCCGUCUCUCCUGGGCCCUCGCUCGCCUCGGGGUGCUUCAGGCCUCGCUGGACGACCUGCACGGACGGCUCGGCCAUCGGGCCGCUGACGGGACGCCCGGGACUCCGGAGGGCCAAGCGGGGGGACCUUGCGGCGACCCCGACGGCGACCAGGAGAGCAUCGAGGAGGAGUCGUCGUCGAGGCCGUUGGCCGAGGAGCUGAGGUCGGUGGAGGAGGCGGCGGGCGAGCUCGCCUCCGCCGGCGUCGUUCUCUCGUCGUCCACCCAGCAGAGGCUGCAGGAAGUGACGUCCACGUGGCGGGAGAUGCAGACCACGUUGGACGGUCAGAUCGAUCAAUCAGAAGAGGUGGAGAGCGACCCGAAUCUCGCUCCGAAAGCGUACAUCCCAAGCUCCUUACAGGGCUCCUGGGAAUGUUCCCUCGCCACCAACAAGGUCCCCUACUACAUCAACCAUCAGACCCAGAGCACGAGCUGGGACCACCCCAAGAUGGCCGCACUCUACCAGUCCCUGGCGGACCUGAACAGCGUGCGGUUUUCUGCUUACCGGACGGCAAUGAAGCUGAGGCGUCUACAGAAAGCCCUCUGUCUGGACUUGGUGAGCCUGGGGGCGCUGACGACGCAGCUCGAGCAAUGCGGCCCCGACCCCCGCACCCCGGGCCUCGGAGGGAGCGCAGGCAAGGGCCCCGGCGGGAGGGGAGGCCCCCACGAGCGGCUGGUGGGCGCCACCGAGGUGGGCCGCCUGCUCGCCGAGCUGUACGGCGGCCUGGAGAGCGGGCAGGGCCAGCGCCUCGUCGCCGCGCCGCUCUGCACCGACAUGGCCCUCAACUGGCUCCUCAACGUCUACGACCCGAGCCGCACGGGGAAAAUCCGAUCCCUUUCUCUUAAAGUGGGGCUCAUCUGCCUGUCCAAGGCACCGCUGGAAGAGAAGUAUAAAUACCUGUUCCGGCAGGUGUCGGGCCCGGGCGGGGGCGGCUGUGACCAGAGGCAGCUGGGCCUGCUGCUGCACGAGGCCAUUCAGAUUCCCCGGCAACUCGGAGAGGUGGCCUCCUUCGGGGGCAGCAACAUCGAGCCGAGCGUGCGCAGCUGCUUCCAGUUCGCCAACAGCCGGGAUAUGGUGGAGGUGGGCCGCUUCCUCGAGUGGAUGAAACUGGAGCCGCAGUCCCUCGUGUGGCUGCCCGUGCUGCACCGCGUCGCCGCAUCCGAGACUGCCAAGCACCAGGCCAAGUGCAACAUCUGCAAGGAGUGCCCCAUCGUCGGCUUCCGCUACCGCAGCCUGAAACAUUUCAACUACGACAUCUGCCAGAGCUGCUUCUUCUCGGGCCGCACGGCAAAGGGACACAAGCUUCACUACCCCAUGGUGGAGUACUGCACGCCGACGACGUCCGGCGAGGACGUGCGGGACUUCACACGCGUGCUGCGGAACAAGUUUAAGUCAAAGCGGUACUUCAGCAAGCACCAGCGGCUCGGCUACCUGCCCGUGCAGACGGUGCUGGAGGGCGACACCAUGGAAACUCCUCUCACCGUCAUCAACCUCUGGCCGGUGUCGUUGGACCCUUCUCCUCAGCUAUCUCACGAGGACACGCACGCGCGAAUCGAACACUUCGCCAGCCGGCUCGCCGCAAUGGAAAACAAAAACGGAUCGUAUUUGCAUGAAGUCUCCUCGCCCAACGAAAGCAUCGACGAGGAGCACAUCCUGAUCCGGCACUUUUGCCAGACCCUGGGCGCCGAGUCACCAUGCCCCGGCUCUCGCGACCCUGGCCCGAUGCUCGUUACCAUGGACACCGACGAGAGCGAGGAGCUGUGCCACAUCAUCGCCGAGCUGGAGGAAGAGCACCAGAAUCUCACGGCCGAGUACAACCAGCUGAAGCAGCAGCACGAGAGCAAGUCUGGCUCCUCCGGCUGCCUCCACUUCCCUCCGCCGGCGUCGCUGCCCCCGCCGCCGCUGCUGCACUCGUCGCAGUCGCUCUCCCCGCCGCCCCCCCUGCCUCCCAAGGGCGGCUCGGCGCCCGGCACGGAGCUCCACGGCGGGGAGUUCUCGCAGCCGGAGAGCGAGCUCGUCGCCGAGGCAAGGCUCCUGCGGCAGCACAAGGGGCGGCUGGAGUCGCGGAUGCAGGUGCUGGAGGACCACAACCGGCAGCUGGAGUCGCAGCUCCUGCGGCUGCGCUCGCUGCUCACCCAGCCUGCCGUCGACGCAUCUCGGGUGAACGGCUCCUACCUCUCCUCCCCGUCUUCCUGCUCGCCGGACUCCACGCAGGGCCUUCCGCAGAACGGCACCAGCAGCAGCGCCGUCGCCACCGCCGCCACCAACGGGCGGCACCACCACAACAUUUCGGCAGGAGAUGAAGACAUCCUGAUGCUCCCCAAGGACUCGGGGACCGGCCUGGAAGAAGUGAUGGAGCGACUCAACAACACAUUUCCCAACCGCAACGGGCAAGCAGACGAGAGGAUUGGUAGAGUGAGAGAGGUAACCAUGUAGGUGGGGGCGUGUUUGGCAUCGCGGAUGACUUGACUCAUGACACGGGGCCCUAGGUUUCCACGGCCACUGAAGAGGACUCGUCGAAAGGGUUACGAUCAAGGGCGGUCCCCCACUGCAUCUUCUCAACUGACUGUGGGAUUUAUCAACAAUUGUUUUUGUCCCUGCUACGGUGAAUAAGUGACCACUCGGGUCUGAAAUGAUGCACCGUUCUAAAGUCUAUGCAAGUGUAACAUAAAAUAAAACUGCGGGCUGUCAUUACGCUUUGUGAUCUGCCUGAAUUGUGAAUUCUUCUCCGUGAUGAAAUACGGUCUUUACAAGCAAGGCCAGUUGGUUAAUGAUAAAAUAAAUAUAUACAGUAUAGCGUAUUACAGGUCCGUGAUGGAUUAUUUUGUUUAAAAAAAAACAUCAUUUGUAUGGCUGAAUAUAAAGUACAAUUUCAUUCAUUUAGCCUGUGAGCAUUUUUAAUUUUUAAUAAAGUAUAAGCAUCCGACUGCGUUUUUCUAUUCACGUAUCGUCAUCCUUUAUGUCAGCUCUAUGUUAACAUGACGACGACUGCUAAACUGCCUCCAUUUUAAUCUCUAAAUCACUCGCUUUCAGGGGGUCGAAUGUGAAAGUCCAACAUUUUUCUUGCGAUUAAACUUUUAGACAGAGUCUUGUGCCUAGCUCACGCUACUUUAUCAACUUAAAAAAAUGAAAAGGAUCCUCUAUUUAUUUUUAUACAUAUGUAUAGCAUAUUGCCAAGAUUAAUUGCUACACUAUUUUCACUUACGAGUAAAGAAGACCAUAUGCUAUAUUUUGGCAAAUGAAAUUACCAUAUUUAUUGGAGCAUCCCGGCAAAGUGCGUACAUGGUAUGUUCUGGUGUAUAUAUUGGCCUCGCGACGUACACCAUUGUCCUCAUGAAACUUUGAAAUUGGAAGCACAGCAAAAGACUGCUUUUUUAAUGUAUGCAUUUUUUCACUUUCUGUAAAUGCUGUCAAGUGCGCCUUUGACUCCUUUAUCAAUGAUCGUGAAGUUCGACUUUACGGUCAUUGAUCUGGUGAGGCUGGACACAGUUAUGUCUUCAUAACGGUUCAGAAUGUUGGAAACGUAGAAUUGUAACAGUUUAUAUCUUACAGGUAUCUUAAAAGCAGUUGCUGUUAUGUAAAAUGGUAUCCAUAGCGGCCUCUAGUGUAUUGCUUGCAGUAUGGCGUUAUGUAUGCGUUAACCAUGCCAAAAUUUGAUCAUGAAGCGUCCGUUUGGAUAUAUUUUAUGGUAAUAAAAGAUCUGAAACGUG